AUGUCGACGCAUAAUGUGACCGGAAGAGGGAGUCGAUCGUCCCCGAGCGAGGGCACGAAGCGCUCGAGCACGUCCGCGAGCGCGCGCGCGCUCAACAAGACCGGCGGCGCGUCGUCCACGCGCGACGCGUCCCCGCUCGGGACGAACGGCGCGAGCGCGACGCGGUCGUCCGCGCGCUCCGCGGGGGGCGCGCCCGCGAAGCCGCCGUCGCAGAUCUCGCAGGUGUUCUCGCACACCGGACGCUCGUCGUCGUUCGCGUCGACGUCUUCGUCCGUCGGCGCGGGCCCGGACCGCCUCUGCGCCGCGACCGAGCUCGCGGCUCGGUUCUGCGUCCACUGCCGCGGCGCGCACGUCGCCGGCGGGGUGAAGCACAAGGCGUACUACACCGUCCAGGACCGGUUCAAGGCGCUCUCGAUGGACGUCACGGACCUGGCGCGGAUGUACAAGGCCGCGACGUUGCCCGCGGAGAAGGACAGCGGCGCGUUCGGGGGCACGGACUGCCUCCGGUGGAAGACGACGGGUGGACCGGAGGAUCCGGAGUUUGACCUCGAGCGGUGGCUGCCGCUCUUCGUCGACGGCGCGCGCGAGACGAAAGAGCCACUGCGUCUGUUGGGCGUCCAAGGCUCAAAGCAGAUGCUGCGGUUACCUUCCGAGAGGAUCAUUCCUCUCGUCCCAUCGCUCGUCGCGCCGCUCCGCAGAGGCUUGAACACGAUGGACCCGAUCUCCGUCGCCGCGAUGUUGGACAUUCUCCGGUUUCUCCUCACGCGGCACGAGGGCGCGUGCGACGCGUUGUUGAAGUGCGACGGAUUCCGACGGAUGCUCCCGGCGACGAACUUGAUGCUGAACAAUAAGACGCGCGUGCGGGUGGGGUACGAUAACAAGCGCAUCGGCGGCGACCAGCAGAUGCUCAAGGAUUUCAUCCGCGAGGUGUUGUUGUUGAUGUGCAAGCAAGGCGGGGACAAGGGACGGGCGCUGAUUCGGUCGUACAUGCCGUCGUUCUUCGAGUGAGCGACGCGACGUUCCUCGCGACGAUGGACGAUGAUCGAUGAACGCAGUGCGAUGCGUGCGAACUAAACCCUAGAGAUAAAGAAUAUCUACUGUACACGUGACUUCAGCGGUCGUC